UGCCACUUGGCGGCGCGGGGAGCCCGGGGAGCGGAGCGCCGCAGGUGGAGUGGCUGCGGCCAAAGGGUACCCCUGCUGAGGCUCCUCGAGCGAGGCUGAGUGCGAAUGUCGUACCCAGGCUAUCCCCCCACAGGCUACCCACCUUUCCCUGGAUAUCCUCCUGCAGGUCAGGAGUCAUCUUUUCCCCCUCCUGGUCAGUAUCCUUAUCCUAGUGGCUUUCCCCCAAUGGGAGGCGGUGCCUACCCCCCAGCACCAAGUGGCGGCUACCCAGGAGGUGGAGGCUACCCUGCACCUGGAGGUUAUCCAGCCCCAGGAGGCUGUCCUGGUGCUCCACAGCCAGGGGGAGCUCCAGCCUACCCCGGAGGCCAAGGAUUUGGAGUCCCACCAGGUGGGUCAGGUUUUUCUGGAUAUCCCCAGCCACCCGCACAGACUUAUGGUGGUGGUGGUCCAUCUCAGCUCCCGAUACCUGGUGGCUUUCCUGGAGGACAGAUGCCCUCUCAGUAUCCUGGAGGACAGACUCCUUACCCUAGUCAGAUCACUACCGAAUCCUUCCCUUCCUAUCCUGUUUUCUCUCCUGUUUCUUUGGAUUAUAGCAGUGAAAGCACUCAGGGGACAAUCCGGCCAGCUGCCAACUUUGAUGCUAUGAGAGAUGCAGAAAUCCUCCGUAAAGCCAUGAAGGGAUUUGGGACGGAUGAACAGGCAAUUGUGGAUGUUGUGGCCAACCGUUCCAGUGAUCAGAGGCAAAAAAUUAAAACAGCUUUUAAGACCAUGUAUGGCAAGGAUUUGAUCAAGGAUCUCAAAUCGGAGUUGAGUGGAAACAUGGAAGAACUUAUCCUUGCCCUUUUCAUGCCUCCUACAUAUUAUGAUGCCUGGAGCUUGCGGAAUGCAAUGCAGGGAGCAGGAACUCAGGAACGUGUAUUGAUUGAGAUUUUGUGCACAAGAACAAAUCAAGAAAUCCGAGAAGUUGUUAGAUGUUAUCAGUCAGAAUUUGGACGAGACCUUGAGAAGGAUAUUCGGUCAGAUACAUCGGGGCAUUUUGAACGUUUACUUGUAUCCAUGUGCCAGGGAAAUCGUGAUGAGAACCAGAGUGUGAACCACCAGAUGGCUCAGGAAGAUGCCCAGCGCCUCUAUCAGGCUGGGGAGGGGCGACUCGGCACAGACGAGUCUUGUUUUAAUAUGAUCCUGGCCACAAGAAGUUUUCCUCAGCUGAAAGCUACCAUAGAGGCUUAUUCCACGAUGGCUAAUCGAGAUUUGUUAAGCAGCGUCAGUCGAGAGUUUUCCGGCUAUAUUGAAAGUGGUUUGAAGACCAUCUUGCAGUGUGCCCUGAACCGACCUGCCUUCUUUGCUGAGCGGCUCUACUAUUCUAUGAAAGGUGCCGGCACAGAUGACUCCACCCUCGUCAGAAUUGUGGUUUCUCGAAGUGAGAUUGACCUUGUACAAAUAAAACAGAUGUUUGCGCAGAUGUAUCAGAAGACCUUGGGCACAAUGAUUGCAAGUGACACAAGUGGAGAUUAUCGAAGGCUGCUUCUUGCCAUUGUGGGCCAGUAGAAGGGAAUUUUUUAAAUGGAUGAAGUCCUUCAAAGCAGACCGACCUGCAUAGCAAUAUCAACCAUCACCUAACCAUAACAGUUUAAGGACUAUCAGGGUUACUGUGCUUGGUUUGCACAAUUGUCAUUGCCUUAAUUCUAAUGUUAUUUUUUCCUGUAUGUACAAUCAAUGUAAAGCCAUAUCACAAUGUUGUAGUAAUUUUGCAAUAUUUGUAAAGCUUCAUUCUCACUGCUUUGGUUCUAAAUCAAGAUUUCAAAUUGAAUAAAAAUUAGUGAUCUAAUUCUGCAUAA